UAGCUUUAUAGCUCCUUUAGCUCAACGAUCGCUUGACGCUUCCGUCGGUUGUACUGAAGAUAAACGAAAGAGAGGCAUGAGGAAAAGGUAGGCAAUCAUCUUUUUGUCAAAUGCCGUAUUGCGUAUACUUUUUACGGCAAAUUAGACCCUGCAUAAUCGGUUAUCGAGUCAUAGCAAUUCGUGAAAGCCUAAAUGACCGCUAAACGGCUCUUUCAGGGCACUACACUCUGUGAAUGGGAACUUUGUAGACUUUUGAGGUAAACUUAACGUUAUUUAUUAAACACAGCGGGCUCCAUUCCGAGAUCUGGUGCACUUCCCGUGCCUGAGUGUCACUGUCAUCAACAAUAAACAUAGAUCAGAAGGUACGGGCUCUGGCGAAUAGAAAUGCAAAACCCUCACAGUGAUCACACUACAGCAUUGCUUCGCUAUGACAAAUCGCUAUAACAACCCUCUUCGAAGUGUUGUGCGAGCCUUGUAGGACGAUGCUGACGGAUUCGGUGACAUAGAAAGCUAUCCGUAUGCGACGUCUUCAAGAUAUCAAGCAUAAAUGAGAAUGGGAAUCAGACACUUUUCUUACGGACCAAUGCAGUACAAAUUUAUGCUUUGGCGUUAGAAGCGUCGCAGGUCCUAAAUCAAUUUUAAUGCAUACGAUACCAAAUAAGCGUAUGCAUGUGGACUUCAAAUCUUCACUGCUUUGCAUCACCAGUUCCAGUGAAAUGUAUCCGUCUGGAUCUGUCGUCUGGAGGCCUGGCCCGUCGGCCACGCCCCCAGCACGAGCUCAGACAGAUGCGGAGUCGGUCUGGGGUCAGUUGUCCCAGACGAGAGGACGAGAUCCAGCUGUGACUGGGAGGGAGGGAGAGUGGCGUGGACAGUGGGCGGAACGGACAGAGUGAGAGGGAGACGGUGACGGAGGGAGAGAGAAGGAGGGAGAGAAAGCUAGGGUAGCGGGAAAGUGACCAGUGGUUGGAGGCGGAUACUAGAGAAGAGAAGAAUAUCCAAGACAGUGCAAACAUGAAGAUCGACAUCCAUAACCACAUUCUACCGAGGACUUGGCCGAACCUGGCGGAGAGGUACGGCUACGGCGGCUUCGUCCAGCUGGAGCACAGCGAAGAGACGUCCGACUCAGCCCGUAUGAUGAAGGACGGGCGGCUGUUCCGGGUGGUUCAGGCCAACUGCUGGGACGCAGAGCGACGGCUGGCAGACAUGGACCAAACCGGUGUCACCGUGCAGGCGCUCAGCACGGUGCCCGUCAUGUUCAGCUACUGGGCGAAGCCGGCAGACACCGCCGACCUCUCUCGGCUGAUCAACGAUGACCUGGCUGCGACGGUGGCGCGUCACCCGAAACGGUUUGUUGGUCUCGGCACCGCGCCGAUGCAGGCGCCGCUGUUGGCAGUCGAGGAAAUAAAACGGCUCACCACCGAGCUACGUAUGCCGGGCAUCCAGAUCGGCUCCCAUAUCGGCGACUGGAACCUGGACGCCCGAGAGCUGGACCCCGUCUGGAAGACGUGCGAGGACUACGAUUGCGCCGUGUUCGUCCAUCCGUGGGACAUGGUGAUGGGCGGCAGGUACAGCAAGUUCUGGCUGCCCUGGUUGGUGGGAAUGCCCGCAGAGACCGCCACCGCUAUUGUGUCGGUGCUGAUGGGCGGAGUGCUGCAGCGCUUCCCCAAACUGAGGCUCUGCUUCGCGCACGGCGGAGGAUCGUUCCCGUAUACGGCCGGCAGAAUCGACCACGGUUUUCGGUGCCGGCCGGACCUGUGUGCCCAGGAGACGUCAGUGCCACCUAGUGAGCAGCUGGGGAAGUUCUGGUGCGACUCGCUGGUGCACGAUGCCGCUGCGCUCGACCUGUUGACAGAGGUGGUCGGGAAGAAGCGGGUGAUUUUCGGCUCGGACUACCCGUUCCCGCUGGGGGACCUGCACGGAGGCAAGAUCGUGGAAAACCUCGGCGACCCGCAGCUCAGGGACGACAUUUUCGCCCAGAAUGCACUGGAUUUUCUCGGUCUGGAGAGAUCCGCCUUUGAGUAAACAUGUCUCGUCCCGUGUGAAGUUGUAUUGCGUCAAAAACUGCAUCCAUAGUGCUCGCUACGUCACGGAAACAGCAAGGAUCGUGACAAUGAAAAGCUACCACAAUAUCCACAAUAUAUGUACAAUGCAUAUCUUUCAUGUUCCCACAAUGAAUGCCUGCUUAGGUACGGGCAGCGGACGAGAGUGGAGGCGAUUCAUACGACUCUCCGCUUGAUCUUCGAUUCAUAUUUCGUAUAGAGCUCGUUGAAAAAUAAAGAGGCACAUUUCA